AUGUCGUUACCUCACCCUCACCGCCCGACCCGCGAAGACUUUUUGAAUGUCUCAACGGGAUUUUGGCAGCGCCUGCGUAUCCGCUUCAAAUGGUUUACAAUCAAGUCCUUUCGGAAAUUCAAUGCGGACGACAUGUCUGCGUUUAUUACGUGGUUUCUGAUGAGCCAGACGUUGUGGAUUCUUGUUGGAACAACGACUUUUUUCUCUGUGAUCUUCGCGACUGCCAACAGCUUACGACUUCAACGUUAUAUAGCAAGUGGUAUCAGCGAUUAUCUCACAUCAGAAACAGGCGUCACCAUCAUUUUCGAGUCCGCCAUCGUACCUAAAUGGAAAGACUCACGUAUAUCCUUCAAGAACGUCUACGUCUCACGUAGACCGCCCGACUCACCCGCGCUGGUACAGCCACGCACGAAAAUUGGACACAUGGCUGCCGACGAGGAUGAGGGGGAACGACCUGCGCGAGACUUGGCAGAAGAGGAUUAUAACAUGACGAUGUUUGAUCUCAACAUUGACUCCGUCGAUGUUACUUUGUCUCUGAAGCGGUGGUUGGACGGCAAGGGUCUGGUGGAAGAUGCUGUUGUGAGAGGUGUACGUGGCGUUAUUGACCGUCGUAGUGUUUUUUGGGACCCCGACAACCCACUUGACCCCGCGCUAUUCCGACAUUCAGCCCAGCCAGGCGACUUUGAACUCGAGCAACUGCAGCUUGAAGACGUCCUCGUUACUGUAUAUCAACCUGGCGACUUUCGACCGUAUACCGCAUCUAUCUUUCGUGCAGACAUGCAAACGUUCCGAAAACGGUGGAUGUUUUACGACUUCUUGUGUGCCGAGAACGUGGUUGGACAGUUUGAUAACUGCUUGUUCAGUCUGCACAGACCGCAGAGCAUAGGGCGGACAACUGAAAAAGAUCUGAAAGAUGGUGAUUGGGCUAUGAUGUCUCGCAUUCGGAUCGACGGAGUCAACGUUGAUCAUCUGCAAAACUCCACCACGAUGGAAGGCCCUAUAUCAUGGAUCACUUCCGGAAAAGUCGAUGCUGUCCUCGACAUCAAGUUUCCCCGCGACCCACACAGCAAGUUCCCCUUCAAUGCCAUCCUGGGAGAGAUAGCCGACGCCAUCACAACCUCGCUCUCUCCCGAACCCAACCCCGAGCUCCAACGCAUUCCGGGACAAAGGGAGUUGGCUAAACCUGCACUCUCUGUUCCGGAAGAGACCGUCGAGUCGCCUGCAGACGAGAAAUUAAAAGUGGUAAUUGAUAUUGACUUGCGGUUUAGGGAUCUGAAAGCUGCUGUUCCCAUUUUCACCUCCGAUUUGUCUUAUGUGAAUAAUGCGUUUAUACGGCCAAUCGUUGCUUUCAUGAACGCGAAUCGGACUUUGGUGCCAAUUCACUGCAGGGUGGUCAAGGAUCUGAGUGACUUUGACGGCGCGUGGACUGUGACUGGCCUGAUGGACGAAAUUUCAUUCAAAACUUAUGAAGCACUCGCGUAUCACGUAUCUCAAUCAGCCAUGAAUCGACAACGCAUGAGGACAGUGAGCCUGUGGAGUCUACAAAUGACGGCUAGCGCGGCGUUAUCUGCGCUUCGCAACGUGGUGGACCCAUUUUCUGCGCAUCUGAAGGAGGUUUAUUUGAAGAGUCAUCCUAUGCGGGGGCUCUACGAAACCAUUCCCAUGGGACCCGACGUCAACCUUUGA